UCUCCGUUCUCCUGCAUCUCACCCAUCCACCGCCUCCAUGUAGUAGCUCAGUGCUGAAGCGCUGGCCGCUGUCGGUCGGCCUCACAUUCGAACCUGUUUGUUCCUUCGACUUUGAACUUUGAAAGGCUUCGCGUCGCGGGCCACGUUCACCAUGCUCGGGUUCUUGCGGAGCAAGUAUCACGAAGCCCGGGAGAUCCUGGAUGAAGUCCGUCGCACGCACCCAGCAGAUUCAGUUCCUGUCCCACGAGAGGAUGGCUAUGAACCCAUCCCGGAAUCUCCUGACUUGACGUCGCCGGAACAUACCUCGCAUGGAGUAGCCGAGAUCGAAGCUUUGGCUACCGCCUGGUCCACGCGCACGUUGUACACUGGAUACGUCUUGGUGUUUGUGAUCUUCUUCGUCAACUCCCUACAGCAACAGACAACCAGCAGCUUGAACCCCUAUGUUUACUCCGCUUUUACCGACCACUCUCUAAUCGCGACCACAAAUGUGCUCACGAGCAUCAUCGGGGGAGUGUCAAAGCUCCCCAUCGCCAAGCUGAUUGAUAUUUGGGGGCGCCCGGAAGGGUUCAGCGUCAUGGUUGGACUCUGCACGCUGGGACUCGUGCUCAUGGCCCUCUGUCGCAACAUCGAAACCUACAUAGCCGCACAGAUCAUCUAUUGGGUCGGAUACAACGGCAUGGACUACGUCCUGCAUGUCUUCCUCUCCGAUACCACUGAGCUCCUCAAUCGAGGAUUCGUGUACGGCAUGGCAUCCUUUCCCUACGUGGCGACCACCUUUGCCGGACCUGCUGCAGCACAGGUCUUCUACCAAAACGAUGCUCUCUGGUGGGGAUUCGGCACCUUUGCCAUCCUGACACCAGUGGUGACUGCGCCGCUGCUUCUUCUGCUCUGGAACACCCGUCGCAAAGCGCAGUCCGAUGGCCUCAUCAAGGGUGGACGCACCAAUCGCUCGUGGAUGCAUUCUAUCAUCCACUACGCUAUCGAAUUCGAUCCAAUUGGCAUGAUACUCAUCACGGCCGGAUUCGUGCUCAUCCUCCUCCCGUUGACACUGGCCACGUCGGGCAACAACAUGUGGGGUACAUCGCUGGCAGAGCGCUGGAUGGCACCGGAUAUCAUCGCGAUGAUCAUCCUCGGGGUGAUCUGCGUGGUGUGCUUCGUAUACUGGGAACGCAAUGGUGCACUAGUCUGCUUGAUUCCGUACAGCCGUCUCAAAGAUCCAACCUUGCUGGGUGCAUGCAUUCUCGCCUGUGCUCUGUUUAUGAGCUUUUACUGCUGGGACCUGUAUUUCUCAUCUUACCUCCAAGUCGUCUUCGACACCAACAUCCGCAACACGGGCUACAUCUGUAACAUUUACACCAUCGGUACCUGCAUCGUCUCCCUGCCUGUUGGAAUUCUAAUCCGCAACCUCGGCCGCUUCAAAUCCCCCGCCCUCGCCGCGAUGCCGCUCAUGUUCCUCGGCACCGGCCUCAUGAUCCCCUUCCGCUCACCCACCAGCCACAUCAGCGCCGUCAUCCUCUGCGAAAUCCUAAAAGCCAUUGCCGGCGGCACGCUCGUGAUCUGCCACCAAAUCGCGGCCCUCGCGACAGGCAACCACGAAACCGUCGCCGUGAGUUUCGCGCUCGUCGGCCUAGGUUCGAAAAUCGGCAGCGGUAUCGGCGCUGCUAUCUCGGGCGCGAUUUGGACGAGUACGGUGCCUGGGUAUCUGGAGCGGUAUCUUCCGGAGGAGAAGAGGGAUAUGGCGGGCGAGUUGUAUGGGUCGCUUGCGAAGGUGUUGGAGUUUCCGAGGGGGACGCCGGAGCGGGAGGCGGUGAUUAGGGCGUAUGGCGUUGCGCAGGAACGGAUGUUGGUCGUUGGGUUGGGGGUGUUGCCGUUGGCGGUGGUGGGGAUUGUUAUGUGGAGGGAUUUGCAGUUGAAGAGGGUGCAGCAGGUUAGGGGGAAUUUUUUUUGAUGGUGCGGGGGUUAGGUAGUUGGUGGUUGUGGGUGGGUGGUAUGGAGUGGUUACGGAGUCUUGCCAUGUUUAGUCCCUCCGUUGCGAGGGCAUGUAUUAUGGAGCUUAUAUUCCUGCUUCUCGUAUUCGUGAACUGUUAAUCCAGAUCAAGUCGUG